UCGUGAUAACAUAAGUAUAAGGCAAGCAUUUAACAAAAUAGUUUUGUUUAAGGGACAAUAAUUCUAGUAAACAAUAACUAACAGUAACAUUACACUCAUGUUCUAAUUUCUAAUUAUACAAUAUCAUAAUGUGCAUCCUACGUAACGCUGAUAGAUGCGUUCGGAGAGACUAUAAGCAGCUUACGCUUUCGAGCUGCUCGAACGUUACUUGAGUGAAUUUAUCGUUACAAUAUGGCUGAUGUUGGUGCAAAUAUGGAUAACCAAAAAAGAAAAAGAUUAUUAAGUUUUUUACUCUUUGCUCUGAGUGAAUUAAUAGAGUCUUCAUCAUCUGAUGACGAAGAAGAGUUGGAUGUACUCAUUAAUUUAAAAGUAGGACGUCGGAAGAAACUGCCAAGACUACAAAAUUAUGUGGAAGAGGUGAUACCUAGGUGGAAAGAUCAAGAAUUUAAGUCGCAUUUUAGAAUAUCCAGAGACACUUUUGAGUUUGUACUCUUGAUAAUUGCCCCAAAACUUAAGAGAAAGUAUCCAGGGUUAGGAAUGAUCUCCCCAGAGAAACAGUUUUUUAUUGCUAUUUGGCGAAUGGCUACACCAGAUUCUUACAGAUCAAUAUGUGAAAAGUUUGAUCCAACAGGCAACGCUAUCCAAGAAGUUUGGACAGGAUUUGAAGUAAUUAGUUCCUUCCCUAAAGUCAUAGGAGCUAUCGAUGGUACUCACAUCAAUAUCCCAUCUCCACAUAUACAUCCAGAAGCCUAUGUUAAUCGGAAAGGUCACCAUUCCAUUCAGCUACAAGGGAUCUGUGAUCACAAAGCUCGUUUCACGCACUGCUAUAUUGGACAUGCAGGUUCUGUGCAUGAUCAACGCGUUUUUCGUCAAUCAGAAAUUCAAGAUGCAUUGGGUAACCCAGAAAAAUUUCCUGAUGAUUCCCAUUUACUUGAUGAUGCUGCAUAUAAAAUUCAUGAUAAUUUAAUGGUUCCAUAUCGUGAUAAUGGUCAUUUGACUGAACGACAAAAAAAUUAUAAUUUCUGCCAUUCUUCAGCACGAAUCGCCGUUAAAAGAGCAUUUGGUACCUUGAAAGGUCGAUUUAGAAGUUUAUUACACAACCAUGAAUCGGACUGACUUAGGCCGGUAUUCAUAGUCAGGUCUUAUA